AUGUCUGGAACAAAAGCAUCUGCUUCAGGUAAUCUUAUUAUCGGUAGUUGUUUGAUAGCUGGUAAAAGCUUGAGUGUUCUAUUUGACUUGGGAGCAACACAUUCUUUUGUGUCUGAGGGUUGUGUUAAAGAGUUAUGUCUGCCUGUGAAAGAGUUACAGUAUGAUCUUAUAGUGUCAACUCCAGCUUCAGAGUUUGGAUGUGAUCUUAAGGAUGGAUUGGUGUUAAAGGAAAUCAGAGAGGGUUCUCGAUGCUUUGUUAUCUUGACUCAUGUAAAUGUUGAGAAAGAUGAUAAAAGCAUUGACAUCUUUGUGGUGAGAGAGUUUGAGGACGUAUUUCCUGAUGAAGUGCCAGGACUACCUCCUCAAAGAGAAGUGGAGUUCUCAAUUGAUCUAGUGCCUGGAGCAGGACCAGUAUCAAUAGCUCCAUACAGAAUGGCUCCAGCUGAAUUAGUAGAGUUGAACGGAGUUGUGGUGUUUUCAAAAAUUGAUUUGCGGUCAGGAUAUCAUCAGAUUCUGGUCAAGGCUGAGGAUGUACAGAAGACAGCCUUUAGGUCUAGAUAUGGGCAUUAUGAGUACGUAGUUAUGCCUUUUGGUGUGACUAAUGCUCCUGCCUUAUUCAUGGACUAUAUGAACAAAAUUUUCAGACCGUUUCUUGAUAAGUUUGUCGUUGUUUUUAUAGAUGACAUCCUUAUCUACUCCAAAACUCAUGAAGAUCAUGUUCAAUACUUAAGAACAGUACUUGGGAUUUUGAUGGAGGAAAAGUUGUAUGCUAAACUAUCAAAGUGUGAGUUUUGGAUGCGAGAGGUUCAGUUUUUGGGCCAUGUGAUAUCUUCUCUAGGAAUAUUAGUGGACCCAACUAAAGUGGAUGUCGUGCUACAGUGGGAACGACCAAAGUCGGUAAAAAAAAUUACAAGUUUUGUGGGAUUAGCUGGUUACUAUAAAAGAUUCAUUGAGGGAUUUUCUAAAAUAGUAGCACCUCUAACACACCUUACUCGCAAGGAUCAGCCUUUUGCUUGGACAUAUAAAUGUGAGGAGAGUUUUCAAGAACUUAAGAAAAGGUUUACCAGUGCCCCAGUGCUUGUAAUCCCUGACACAAGUAAAUCCUUUGAGGUUUAUUGUGACGCAUCCUAUCAAGGGUUAGAUUUGGAGACACUGCCUUUAUGGGGCACAGUUUCAGGUAAAGCCAACGUUGUGGCAGACGCUCUUAGUAGGAAGACAACGCAUAUAUCUCACAUGAUGAUAAAUGAGCUUGAAUUAGUGGAAGAAUUCAGAGACUUAAAACUACAAACAGAGUUUGAGAUUGAUUUCAUUAGAUGUAGUAGCCUAACUAUAUCUAGUGAUUUCUUGAGUCUGAUGAAAGUUAAACAAGCCAAUGAUGUAAGUUUGCAAAAAACAAUGAGUUUGUUGGGUACAAAGCAGGAUAAGGACUUUCAGAGGGGCUUUGAUGGAAUUUUACGCUUCAAAGGCAGAGUGUGUAUACUUGAUGAUGUUAAGUUAAAGAAGAUGAGGGACGUGGCACAAUUUGUUGCAUCUUGUUUGACUUGUCAGAAGGCAAAAGUAGAACAUCAACGACCUAGAGGAUUAUUACAACAGCUGGAGAUACCUGUUUGGAAAUGGGAUAGCAUCUCAAUGGAUUUUGUUACUCAUUUUCCAAGAACAGUGAGAGGUCAUGAUGCUAUUUGGGUGAUAGUCGAACAUUUAACUAAAAGUGCUCAUUUUCUGGCAAUUAAAUUGAGAAUGUCUAUGGCCAAUUUGGCACAACUGUAUCUAAAAGAAAUUGUUAGGUUACAUGGUGUGCCUUCAAGUAUUGUGUCAGAUAGAGAUCCUCGAUUUACUUCUAGAUUUUGGCAAUCGUUGCAAGGAGCUAUGGGUAGCAGCUUGAGGAUGAGUUCUGCUUAUCAUCCUCAAACAGACGGACAAACGGAGAGGACAAUUCAGUCUCUAGAAGAUUUGUUGAGAACCUGUGUAUUAGAUCAUCUAGGUGGAUGGGAUGAAGUGUUACCUUUGGUUGAAUUCAUCUACAACAACAAUUAUCAAGCCAGUAUCAGAAUGGCACCGUAUGAAGCUUUAUAUGGUAGACGAUGCAGAACUCCUCUAUGUUGGUAUCAAGAUGGAGAGGAGUUUUGGUGGGACCUGAGUUACUACAGCAGACCACAGAAAAAGUAA